AGGACGUGGGACGUGGGUUCUGUACUUGGUGGAACUUGUGGAAGGUGCACGAUAGUGGUUGUACGACUGUAAACAAACUGAUUCCGUUUCGCGUAUCCGUGGAAUCUUUUGCUUGAUAGAAUUCGUUAGUUGAAAGUCGCUCUAUAUGUACGGAAAUAUGCGUGAGAGAGAAGAAUUUUGCCGAAGUUUUCCACCGGGACAACCAGCCCAGCCGCCGACGACACGGGCUCCGGGGCUUGACGCUCUGCACAGUCUUUGUAAAGAGAUCUACCCAGAGCAAAGUAAUCCGCUCACUGUCACUGCUGUCGUUAAAUACUGGUUGGGGGGUCCGGAUCCUCUUGACUACAUAAGCAUGUACGAAAAUCCUGGCUGCCCCGAAUUAGGCGUACCACCACAUUGGCAUUACAUUAGUUUGGGACUGUCGGAUCUGCAUGGAGAUGGAAGAAUACAUCCAAAAAGUGGUCCAGGCCGUCCAAGUGGAUUUGGAUUUGAACUAACCUUCAGAUUAGUCAGAGAAAGAAAUGAAAUGACUCCUCCUACUUGGCCAGCAAAUGUGAUGCAGCAAUUAGCAAAAUAUGUUUUUAAUUCUGGGAAUAUGUUGAUGCCCGGUGAUCACGUAUCAUGGCAUGCUCCUCUUGAUAAUGGCAAUGGCCGGAUCACUCAAAUUCUAAUGGGCAGGGAUCCACAAUUACCAACAUCUAUAUAUACACCUCAUGGUGAUGUUUCAUUUGUUCAAAUUAUAGGAGUUACGUCUGAAGAAUUACAGGCUGCUCAACAUUGGAAUGGUUUAGGUCUUGUGAGUUUGCUAAAGACUAGCCAUACAUGUGGAUCAUGGUUGGUAACAGAUAUGAGAAGGACACGUUCUAUUAUGGAGGAUGAACCCUCCAUAGCAGAGAAAAUACAGAGUGGGAUAGAAAAGGAAGGCUCUAACUUAAGCGGAGUAUCCGCAAAGUGUUGGUGGGUUCAAGUGAAUUAUGACAGAAGCACAGAAAGGUAUAGGGAGAAAAGAAAUGAAUCAGACGAGGAUGAUGAAGAAGUGGAAGAGGAUAUAAAACCAAUCAUAAAGUCAGAAAGACUAUCUCCUUGCGAACUGGAUUCAAGUUUAUCUCAUGAUAGCUUUGUUAGAGUCUUACCAGGGCUUCAUUUAACUUUCAACCUUGAAGCAGGAUCUCUGUUACCAUUAGCAAUAAAGGGUCGUGUUAUGCACGGGAGGCAUUUUACGUUCAAAUCUAUAUUGUCUAAUACAGCGGUCACAAUAGUAGCACCAACAGUUACUGGGACUCUAGUUUCUAGAGAAAAGCCAUAUGUAGUUCAAGGACCAUGGUUACAAGUCUUGCUUCCAGAGGAUUUAUCGGAAAGAAUGGCUCAGGAGUUUCAAAUAUUAAAUUCGCCAAAUGAAGUUCAAUUGCCAAAGACGUUCUCUUGGCCCGAACACAAACUGGUUAUUACUGUUGUCAAUGAUUGAGAACACAUAAAAAAAAACUAUAUAUGUUUUAAUACGUUUGACCAAGGCAAGUUAGCAUAAUCAGUUAACGUAAGGGAAGUAUUACGUAAUUUUAUGAGUUUCGAACAAUUUAUUUAUAACUGCAUCACGCAGAUACGGUCAUCGUGGAAACGAUCGAUCUAUAAGACUACGCAUAUCAAAAUGUAAAAGAGGAGGCAAAUUAUAUUUAUAUAUAUUUACCGGAACAAAAAAUAUAUUUUAUGUUUUGCCAAGUGAAGUUUUUAGCACCACUCUUUUACAGGUUGAUACCUGUUAACGAUUUAUAUUUAAUUCUGUAAAUAAUA